AUGAUUGGUAAUCAGAAAAAGGACCAACUUCGUGAGCAAAGGUGCCUUAAUAUAGCAUUCCAAUUUGAUGUUUUUGGUUCUUUUGAUUUCUCAUCUAAAGAGCUAAUUGCUAUUUCGUGCCCAAUAUGGAUGUCAAUGUUUAGUGAUAAAAAAGGAUCCGAUGGUGCUUCUGAUGACGAUGUUUCUGGCAAUAAUGUUUUGGGAGAUAAUGACAUUGUUUUUGAUGGUGCUGUUGUUGAUUAUGAUGACGAGGCUAUUUCUGAUGUUAUUGAUUCAUUAUCAAUUCUUUCAUUAUUUUACUGUGCCAUUCACAAAUAUUCUACUCCUUAUCAAGAGCAUUUUUUUGAAGCUGAAAAGAAUAGGACAUGUUCAUUUGUCAAAGCCUUUGAGAUGUUGACAUUAAGAUACCAAUGGCUAAAUUUAGAGAUACCAAGACUGACAUUAUUAUAA